CUGUCUCUCUCCUCUCUCCUCUCUCCUCUCUCCUCUCCAUCUCUCUAAAGUCUAACCUCCAUUAAAACCCCACGCACUGAUUGGGCCCCUUUCUCAAUUUUAGCAUCUUCCGUGCUCGUCGGAGCACACAAAUUUAUGACUUAUGUCGCCAAACACAACCUACAGAGGAAUCAAAACUUCAUCAAGAUCAAUACCAAAUCAACUAACCUCUUCUUCUUCAUCAUAUACUAGUACAACUCCUUUACCCAACUACAUUUCACAUCUCUCUAGAUUCGCCUCUUCGUCAUUAUCCUGGGAAUUUUCCCAACAAUUCUCCUGCAUCCGGUGCUCAUGACUCACUUUCUGGGUUCAUUAAAUUGAUUUGGGUAUUUGAUGGGAAUUGGGUUUUUGAGGAAUCUUGCAUCCAGAUUCUAAAGUCGUCUUCUUUUUAUUUACUUCUUUCUUUUCUGGAGUUUUUUGUUUUACGGCUGUCUACAGAAAGAAAACCCAAUGGGGAAUGCGAAUGGAAGAGAAGAUGGAGGUAGUGGUGGUGGUGACAGUCCGUCGAGGGAGGAUGACAUGGUUGCUCAAGAAGAAGGUCCGCAACAACAACAAUCUGAUGGAGGAGAACUGAUGGGUCAGUCCCCUCCUCCAAGCCCUAGGGCUGCCCACUCUCCACUUAUGUUCACUCCUCAGGUUCCUGUUGUUCCCCUUGAAAGACCUGAUGAGGCACACAUACAAACACAUCCAUGGUCAAGUUCAGAUUCGGAUGAUGUGCAAGGGAUUCCCACAAUGAUUACAUGGAGCUACGAUGGUAAAGAAGUUGCUCUAGAAGGAUCUUGGGAUAAUUGGAAGACAAGGAAGCUUUUGCACAAAUCCGGGAAGGAUUUCACUAUUAUGAGAGUGCUUCCUUCGGGUGUUUACCACUAUCGAUUCGUUGUUGAUGGGCAAAGGAGGUACUCUCCUGAUAUGCCAUGGGGACAAGAUGAGAAUGGACUUGCUUACAAUAUCCUUGAUUUGAAGGAUUAUAUACCGGAAGAUGUGGAAAGCAUUUCUGGCUUCGAACCUCCUCUAUCCCCAGAAUCGAGUUACUCCAAUCUAAACCUUGGUUCAGAGGAUUUUGCAAAGGAACCGCCAUCUGUUCCUCCACAUCUACAAAUGACUUUGCUCAAUGCUCCUGCUUCCAAUUUUGAGAUUCCACCUCCAUUUUCAAGACCCCAACACGUCGUUCUUAACCAUCUCUACAUGCAAAAAGGUAAGAGUGGCUCUCCUGUUGUAGCCCUCGGUUCAACCAACCGGUUUCUGGCCAAGUACGUCACCGUUGUCCUCUACAAAUCCAUUCAGAGGUAAACGAAAACAAGGACAGAUGAAUAACUGUUUUUUCCUGUUUUUUUUUCUCUUGUUUGUAUCUCAAAACCAUCAUCAUGUGACAAGUUUCUUGCUGAAUCUGUUGUUAUUGAGAAAGAAAAAGCCAUGAAUACGAACUUCAUAAUCUAGACAAAAGAGUAUCAUUGCUUGGUUGUUGUGGAGGCCACCAGUAUUAUUAUGUACUAUGUAACUUAUAAUGAAUUCCUUCAGCUUUUUCUUU